UCCCACCGUGGUGACGUCACCAGAAACACGUGGGUUUGUUAUUGCAGGAAGUGAAGAUGGCGGCCCAGUCGUUUCUCUCCGAGUCUGUGCUCGGGUGGUCUAUUUUCACCUUUAUACUUUUGUUAAUCCUGGCUUUCUGUUGGGUCUACAUUCGGAAAUUCCAAAGUCGUCAGGAGAGUGAAGUUGUUUCAACUAUCACAGCAAUAUGUGCACUGGCCAUUGCUUUGAUAACGUCUGCACUUCUACCAGUGGAUAUAUUCCUUGUUUCAUUCAUGAAGAAUCCCAACGGUACCUAUAAGGAAUGGGCAGCAAACAAUGAGACAAGAGGGCAAAUUGAAGACACUGUUCUUUAUGGAUAUUACACACUCUACUCCAUCAUUCUAUUCUGUGUCUUCCUAUGGAUCCCCUUCGUUUAUUUCUACUAUGAAGAAAGGGAUGACGACAAUGGGAACAAAUGCUCGCAAGUGAAAAACGCUCUGAAGUACACAAUUGGAUUUGCCAUUGUCUGCGUGGUUCUCCUAUUAAUUGGAGCCUUCGUUCCACUCGAGGCCCCACCUGGCCAGAAUUCCACUCAAUGGGAGAAAGUACAAUACCUUUUUGAGGAGCUUGGGAGUAGUCAUGGUCUACCUGCUCUGUCUUUCUCCAUCAGCACCUUGACCUUGAUUGGCAUGUUGGCAGUGAUCACUUACACGGCAUACGGUAUGUCUGUACUGCCUCUGAAUCUGAUAAAAGGCACACGGAGUGUGGUGUAUGAGCGCCUCGAGAACACAGAGGACAUUGAUGAUGUUGAGCAUCAGAUAGAAAAGCUGAAAUCCAAGUGUAAAGAUGGACGUCCCCUUUCUUCAAGGGACAGACACAACCUGCAGGAGCUGGAGGGCAAACUGCAGGUCCUCCAGCGCAGGGGGAGACACCUGGAAAUUGCAGAGAGGAACUGCUGCACUAAAGUGGGCAGUGCUCUCAGACCUUUCAAGAUAUUGUUGGGCAUUUUCUUCAUUCUGGUUGCACUGCUGUUCACUGUUGCCUUAUUCAUUUCAAAUUUGGAUAAAGCUCUCCAUUCUGCUGGCAUCAGCUCUGGGUUCAUAAUCUUUGGCACAAACCUAACCAAUCCUCUGAAUGAACUUCUAUUAGCCUUACAACCUGUUUUCCCACUGGAUUAUAUCUUGAUCACAGUCAUCACCAUGUACUUUGUACUCACAUCAAUGGCUGGCAUCCGCAACAUGGGCAUCUGGUUCUUCUGGAUGAGGCUAUACAAAAUAAGACCAAAGAGAACUCGUCCCCAGGCUCUUCUCUUCCUCUGCAUGAUUCUUCUCUUGAUUGUCCUUCACACCAGCUACAUGAUCUACAGCCUAGCCCCACAAUAUGUCAUGUAUGGAAGCCAGAAAUAUCUUGUACAGAGUCCGAUGCCCUCAGCAGGUGCUACAUCUGGGAAUGCUACAUUUGGCACCACAAGGAUCUGUGAUGCUGACGCGCCUGAGGACCAGUGCACAGUGACAAGAUCCUAUCUCUUCCUCCACAAGUUCUGGUUCUUUAGUACCAUCUACUACUUUGGUAACUGGGCCUUUAUUGGGGCUUUCCUCAUUGGUCUGGUGGUGUCCUGCUGCAGAGGGAAGAAGUCUGUGAUUGAAGGAGAGGUGGAGGCCGAUGACUCAGACAUAAGUGAUGAUGAAUAUGUGCACUGAAAAUCAGUAUUCACUUGAUCAGGUUUGUAGAUAUGCCAACCUUAAGUUAAAGGGACUAGUUUCAUAAACAAACAAAUGACUGUCAGUAAUUUGUCAUAAUUUAAUUAAUUGGUCUUAAGGAGUUAUUGCAGUGGUGUCGUGUGGAUUCCAGCCUUGUUUUCAGUUGACGCAUCUCCCCUUAAUGAGAGCGCUCAGACUGUCUUUCUCACUCAAUAUUAUUGAUGACUUUGGGAUUCUGGGAGUGUCCUCCAACUCAAGCCUACCUUGAGAAUUGACUUCUCAACAGUUUGAAGCUGACACAAAUUGGUCAUUUUUCUACUGGAGGAGACACAUUAUUGUGGCAGCCUAGACAGGGUCAUAUGCUGCUUCAAAACCUUGUCUAAGCUUUAUUUGGGGACAGAGCUUAGACAUAAACUGAGUUUUUUCCAUUCUCUAAGCACUUUCUAGACAUUUUACAGUUACUUUACGACAAUAUGUAUAGUUUGCUUUAGUAUACCUUUUAAGAUAAAAUACUGACAACUAUUGAGUCUACAUGAACUGUUUUGCCUGCUUGUUUUCUGAAAAGCUAAUCGGUAUGAAAAUAAUGAUUCAUAAGUGUUGACAGCAGUAAUAUUUCCAAAGUUUAUUUGGCUUGUUCUUUUCUGAGGUUACAUAUAUUGCUAGUGGAUGUGCUGCUUUUUCCUCCUGCAUCUAGUUCUUUGCAGUUUCAGACCAUUAUUUAAGCAAAUGUUAUUGUACUUGUAUACCUGCACUGUGUGUGAAAUGUACAGGACCAAUUGUGGCUGUAGUGUUUUCAAGGAUUCAGUUAUUCUUGGUUUUUAUUAAAUAGGUUAAACAGCUUUUUGCUAAAAUAGAAGAAAAAAAAAGAAUUAAUCAAAGAUAUGGGUGUCAUUUUCUUUUAAUUAAGGAUACUUCUCAUUUUCAGCAGCAGACUUAUAACAUAUAACUAUUAAUGGCUUCUUUCAGUCGUUAUAUUUAGUAUAUUUAGCAGUCUGUGUCAGAAUGAAUACAAACUGUUGAUUAAUUAAUCAUUAACAAAUUCACAGAUAACAUGAAUAUAAUAUGAAUAUGAGAAUGAAAUUUUUUUAAAUUUGGAAAACAAAUAUUUGUGCCUCAUGAAUGUAUUUUACCAUGAUGCGCGCACACUGCUGUAUAUGACAGCCUAAAUAGCCUAAAUUAGCCUCACAGAAAUCACCCUGAAUCUCUAUUAAUUUUUUUUUUCUUUUUUGCUUUGAGAUAUUAGUCUGUGUUUCUUUUGUUGAGAAUCACUGGAGCCAGCAGCUGGAAAUGUGGUUAGAUGAUGAUCACAGAAGCUGCAUCACAUGCUGUUGACAAUAUUGAAUGAUGCCUGUAUUUAAAGAAAUAAAACAAUUUUAAACACCCUAAGAAA